UACUGGUCCAGGAUCAGUUUUGUCUUCCUUUACUACGUCACAAUGACGUUAGACGUGCUUCUAAGGGCUGGUCCCAGAACAGCACUUAGUCCAGUUUAAACUACGACCGGUCUUGGACUUCGACACUUCCGGUAUUUUUACGGCAGCCUGCUCGGUUCUACAACCAGAGAAGUCAGCUGGCUGACAGAUGAAAUGUACACACAGCAAAUACAACAAGCAAACGACGUCGAAAUAAGUUAACUCAAAUCUGUCAGAAACACGCGAUUACGCGACGCAAACAUUGCUUCGAGGCGCUAAAGUAAACGAGGAAAGGACGAGCAGAAAUGUUUUGACUAACGUUAGUCAUCUGACGAGUCUGAUAACAACAACUACAGCGCUGCAAUAAAUGCCAACUCUUUGCAGAUACAAGUGGCUCGUUUAACAAAUGUUUGGAUUUGUUUUUGCACGGAAAAGCGUGUUUGCCUCUUUAAUGGGGAAGUAGGAAAUCCACUGCUCUGUGACUGAAGAAAUUACUUCAACUCUUUAAGUCAAGCUUGAUAAGGUUAUCCUACUAUGUGUGUCAGAGCUGUUUCCACUCCCAGCUUUUACUGCUGUCAGGAAGUCCUUUAGGGAUCGCCUUCCACUGGCGUUUAUAUUCAGUCCAUCAAAGAGCAUCUGGAGCAAAAGACAGCCAGACAUGUGGCUUCAGCAGAGGUUAAAGGGUCUGCCAGGUCUGCUCUCGAGCAGCUGGGCCCGCCGUGUCCUGGUGGGAUUACUGCUCUUCCUCAUUUUCUACUGGUACCUGAGCUCAGAUGGGCUCCUGAGGUUUCUCAGCAUGUCCCGGGAGUCUGGAGGAGCGGCUGGGGCUUGUUUGCAGACCGAUCUUCACAGGUGGGUGUCGUUGGUGGACCGAGGGGAGGGAGUGGUGCUCACUCCCCAGACCACAGAAACUGUCCCGUUUGUGGUCGGUAAUGGACAUUUCCUGGUGGAUGUGGACUCUAACAAACUCUGGGUAGCUUCAUCUUCACAGCCUGGAUCCGCGCCGGUUCUCCAAACAGACUACGGGCCGAUAGUGCGCCUGCAGAUCCCGGGAACACGCUCGGAAGCUCGGGGAAUGAUGCUGUGGUAUAGAAAAGGCUCUGUUUUUUCCAGCAGGUGCAUCCUGACAGCGUCUUCUCGUGACUGCAUCGUCAUCCGAGAGGAGUUUAUUGCGCAUCGCAGCCGACCUAAUGUUUAUCUUCAGAGGGUUCACGUAACGAACCCUACAGACCGUCCGGUUUCCAUCGACCUGGUUUCGAUUGAGUCUCUGUCGUUUAGGAGCACCGCGGAGAAGAUGGAGAAGAAGGAGUUUGUGCUCUCCUCAGGACGGGUGCUCACGGAAAAGAAGGACACCGUGCUGGUGGCGGUGGCCACAAAGAAGCUGAGCGCCAAGAUCCAGGUUUCUGCCAAAUCUGAAUACUCAGAAAACCAGGUGAGCGUGAUUCACACCUCGGAGCCCACCGAGGGCGGGAAACUGGACGAGACCCUCGGCAAACUGAGAGAAGCGGUCAAGAGAGAGAUGGUGGAUGUCCUCCGAGCCAAUGUGGAAGAACUGAUGCAAGAGCACCAGCAAGCAUGGGUGGACCUCUUCAUAUCUGGUGUGGAAAUCAAAAAGAUCACAGAUGCCCAUACUCCAUCCAGUCGAACAGUCAACAACACGCUGUACUACAUUCUGUCGACCUCCACAGCGCCCCUCCUGGACCAGAGUCUGACCGCAGAAGAGACGGAGCGCCUGGAGUCCAGUCUGAACUACGCCGACCACUGCUUUAGCGGCCACCCCACCAUGCAUGCCGAGAACCUGUGGCCGGAGCGCCUGUCCAACGUGGCUCAGAUCCUGCAGCUGGUGAACCUCUGGAACCUGACCUUCCAGAAGAGAGGAUGCAAGGUCCUCGUGGCUGCAGGCACUCACGGCAUGAUGCAAGGCAUGGUCCUGAGUUUUGGUGGUCUGCAGUUCACCGAGAACCACCUUCAGUUCCAGGCCGACCCGGAUGUUCUUCACAACAGCUACUCUUUGAGGGGCAUCCAUUACAAUAAAGACCUUAUCAACCUGGCCGUGCUGCAGGACGCCGAGGGCAAGCCCUUCUUGCACGUGUCCGUCAAGCCUCAGGAGAAACCCGUGAAGCUGUACGCCUGUGAGGCCGGCUGCAUGAACGAGCCCGUGGAGCUGACCUCGGAGCUGCGAGGCCACAUGUUUCCGGUGAUGGUGACCCAGCCCAUCACGCCUCUGCUGUACAUCUCCACUGAUCUCACUCACCUGCAGGACCUGAGACACACGAUGCACGUCAAGGCCAUCUUGGCUCACGAGGACCACAUGGCCAAGCAGUACCCAGGCCUGCCCUUCCUCUUCUGGUUCAGUGUGGCGUCCCUCAUCACGCUUUUCCACCUCUUCCUCUUCAAACUCAUCUAUAAUGAGUACUGCGGGCCUGGAGCCAAGCCGCUCUUCAGGAGCAAGGUAUAGCCGAAGACACACAGUUUUUAGGGGUGGGAACUGUGGUGUGGGUGAAUCUCAUCUCCCUUUUUACUUCUUGUUCUCAUUCUGUGCAACUCUCAAAUCCUGCCUUGCAAGAUAUUUUUACCUCUGGAAACUAAUUGAUGAUACUUGGUUUGGGUAACCCAUCAAACUGCUAUAAUUGGAGGGUUGGGCUUGCUGGAAAUAGUUGUCUGCAGUCUUCAGUUUGGGUGUGACUCUCUCUAUGAACCUCUUGAUGAACUGAAAGCACCAGUGCUCAAAGACACUAUUCAGUGAGCACCACAAUUUUUUUUUUGAGUUGUGUCCAAAAACAAAAAAAUAUAUAUAUUUAUUUAGUUUUAUAUGAAAUGCUAUUCCACUUGGCAGAAUAACCAUUUGCUAAUUAUGCUUGAAGGACAGUUUUUUUUUAUUAUUAAUGUAAUUUAUCUUGUGACUUCCAGCAGACUUUUUUUUCAUAUGUAGUUUUACAGCUCAAGAUAAUCUGUCUAGAGUAUUUAAUUCAGUUUUUUUGAUGGGAUGAUAGCAGGUGUGUAAACUUAUCACUGGUGCCUUCAAGUCUUUCCUCUUCCAAGUUGGUUUAAGGGUUUUCUUUCUCUGAAAUGUGCUGUCUGCGAAGUCUUUUUUGUUAUGCAGGGGUCUGAAGGGUUUGACGUUUGAAUAUCUUCUUGUUGGUUUGGUGAGGUGAAAGUUGUGUUUAAAUUUGAACCCAAAUUCAUCAGCUUUUAUUCAUUGAUUACAUUCAUCCCGCAUACAGUAAUUUAUCUCAGUAGGGUAAUGCCAACACUGAUGGUAGUUUUGGUGACAUUUCUGAUCGCAGUUAUAA